AUGGACUCUAUCGCUACCGUCCAGCCUGGCACCGAGGCUACUAGAGAGAAGAGCAUUGGCAAUAUGUCUAUUGAUGAGGAGGACGCAAUUCGCAAGGUUGAAGAAGCCAACAUGCCCUCCGCAUCUGCGCAAGAGGGUGUUCGAGAAGUAGAAGCUGUUACUCUGGCGUGGACAAAAACAUCCCUGGCAUGUGCAUUCUUGUGUAUGUGGUUCUUGUACCUUACAAAUGCCUUCCAAUCAUCCAUUACCGCCAAUCUCACGCCUUAUGUGACCUCCGGAUUCGAAGAACAUUCCCUCCUCACCGUCAUCUCCAUCGUCUCCAACUCUAUGGCUGCAGCUGUUUACAUCCCGACUGCAAAAUUGCUCGAUCUCUGGGGCCGUGCUGAAGGGUUCGCUACCAUGGUAUGUUUUGCUACCCUUGGUUUGAUCAUCAUGGCUGCAUCCACAAACCUGGCUACGUACUGCGCAGCGCAAGUCUUCUAUACGAUCGGAUUUGGCGGUAUGAUCUACUGUGUGGACGUUAUCACAGCAGAUUCGAGUAGUCUGAAGCACCGAGGACUGGCUUUCGCUUUCACAUCUUCGCCAUACAUUAUCACAGCAUUCUCGGGACCGAAGGCGGCUGAGGGGUUCUACAACAAUAUCAACUGGCGCUGGGGUUUCGGCACUUUCGCUAUCAUCCUGCCUUUCGUGGCCGCCCCGCUGUUUGUUGUGCUGAAGCUCAACCUGCGGAAGGCGAAGAAGACAGGUGUGCUGGAGCGUGAGGCGAGCGGGAGAAAUCUCAUGCAGAGCGUCAUCUUUCAUAUUCGAGAAUUCGAUGUUCCUGGUGCCUUCCUACUUGCCGCCGGUCUCGUCAUCUUCCUCCUACCUUUCACUCUCGCAGAUUCUGCACCUAACGGGUGGUCUACCGGGUACAUCAUCGCUAUGUUGGUCGUUGGUUUUGUCCUCCUCGUCCUAUUCGGUUUCCAUGAGCGCUUCACAGCCGGAAAGCCUUUCCUGCCCUUCGAUCUCUUGACCAGCCGCUCAGUCCUCGGCGCAUGUCUCCUCUCCUUCACAUACCAGAUAUCAUACUACGCCUGGAACUCCUACUUCACCUCCUUCCUGCAAGUAGUCACCAAUCUCACUAUCGCAGAAUCAGGCUAUGUCGCCUCGACUUUCGACGUACUUUCUGGUGUUUUGCUUCUGUCUGUCGGACUCAUCAUCAGCAAGACUGGUUACUUCCGUUGGCUCCUCUUCAUUGCGGUACCAAUCUACAUCCUUGGUCAAGGUCUCAUGAUCUACUUCCGCCACCCAAACACCAGCGUGGGAUAUCUGGUUAUGUGCCAAGUCUUCAUCGCGAUUGGCGGCUCCAUCAUCAUUCUCUGCGAGCAAAUUGCCGUCAUGGCCGCCGCAGAUCACCAACAUAUCGCAUCAGUGCUCGCACUUCUCAAUAUCUUCGGGUGGCUAGGUGGCGCAGUUGGAUCCACCAUCUCCGGCGCUAUCUGGACAAACUCUUUCCCACAAGCACUCAUGGAUCUGCUACCGGCUGAGGCCAUGGAGAACUUCGACCUCAUCUACGGGAGCUUGGAUGAACAGUUGAGUUAUGAGCGAGGAAGCGAGACGAGAUUGGCGAUCGAGGAGGCUUACGGAAUCGCGCAGAAGAGGAUGCUGAUCGCGGGUACAGCGAUUAUGGGACUAUGCCUCGUUUGGGUUUUCAUGAUCAAGAACUUCAACGUUGCAAAGAUGCAACAGACUAAGGGAAGAGUAUUCUAG